AUGGUGUGGAUUAUCAUCUCCGAGUCAGUGUUUGAGUAGUUUGCACCUCGAGUCGGUCUUGGCCCAGUCUCCUUGCUUUGUCCCAGUUCCUUGCCCUUGACGUCUCCAAGAUGUUGACCAGCAUUUGGAAUUACGGCUUUGCCCUUUUCUCGGCUUUGCGAUCUCUUCUGCAUCGUCUCAUUCUCUUCAAAGUACCUUCGCUCUUUAAAGUUCUUCUCCCUAACCGUGAGAAGCCAGGGGAUGUUGAGUGCUGUAAACCCCCUGUCAAUGAGAUGCCACAUCCAGGUACGGAGGGCGAUACUCAUGCAACGUCAAUCACGGAAUGCCCAGGUGCUGUAGGCGUCGAAAAAGAAGACCCAGUGCCGCACGAACCCCUUCUUGGCGAAGUCUUGGGUGAAGGCUCAACUUCGCGUGUUGCACGCGUGGCGCCAGGCGUCAUCAUCAAAUAUCCACGAUUCUCUUGGUGGCAUUCGAAGACAGCGGCGAAUAAGUGGUUUGUUCGAGACAUGAAGCGGAGUUUUGAGGUGGAAGAGCGACUUCUGCAAAUCCUAGGAAUACACCCAAGAAUAAUAGAGUUCAAGGGUGUCUCAGAUGACCCAUUCGGAUUGUUAUUUGCAGAAGCAAGCGAUGGAAAUCUACAGAACUACAUCGACCAGCAUCAUGCUCGCAUUGAUCUGUCGCUACGAUUCAAAUGGCGCACACAAGCCGCGGAGGCGAUCCAGUUCAUUCAUCAAAAAGGCGUGAUACACUCUGAUCUUCGACCUGAGAACUUUUUGUUACACACGAUCGCCGGAAGCGAGCUCGAUCUUUUGCUCUGUGACUUCGGGGGCUCAACAAAUGGCGAAAUAGAUGGUCGGCAUCUGCCCGAUGCUGGAUUCUUUAAUCCAUGCGAUCCGCCGGAAUCGACAAAAAGCACGGAUAUUAUCAGCCUCGGGUCCAUUUAUUAUACGAUAAUGACUGGUCAUUGGCCCUACCGGUCUCAAGGACCAUUCAAGUCUCUGGAGGAAAUGAAGAAAUACCAAGAACUGGUUGACGAUCUGUUUGCCUCCACAAGGUACCCACCAGUUGAUGGACUGGAAGCUGGGGUUGUGAUACAACGAUGCUGGACAGCAGAAUACUCUGAUUUGACUGCACUUAUUGCAGACCAGUCUUCGCAGUUUGAGACUCUGAUGCGGCCGAAAGAGUGACACAAUGAAUUCGCAAAGUAUUCGGUCAACUAAACCAAAGAUAAUGCCCUCUGAACUAGUGUGUGAUGAUCAAUGCCCCUUCGAUGCUGCUUCAACGAGACAUCGGCCUCCGCGUCCGCCUUGUGCGCACCACCCCCUUCGCAUAAACCUCUCUGGCAUUACAAGCUGGAAUUUCGAUGCCGGUGCCGGUUGUGGAGCAGAUUGAUUAUGGAUUCGGGCAGUCAUAUCUUUCGCAUUUCCCUCUCUCUCUCUAUGUGAGGCCAGUGGGCUGGAAAUGCGACCAGGGCACUUAGAGGUGCCAAUAUCCUUGCAAGGCACAAAGUUCAUGUCCUCUUUGACCCUGCAGCCGCAUGUAUAAAUCUUGGUCGCAACGUUGACUUGGCACAUUCUAGAUUAGAAGCAUGAGUUAUUUGCGCAUGGUUUAGCAGUUGAAUGACCCACCUUGGCAAUUUGAAAUGGUGAGUUUGGGGUUCUCGAAAGGUAAAAGCGCCACCCUUCUUCUGGUGCUUUGUGGAUGGGAACGGUAGAGAGACUUAUUUAUAGCUGGAGAGACCAGUGUCAUGACCAGAUCACGUAGACUCCCUUGUGCUGGCUUUAGUGGCAUGUACAAGUGUCUAAUGAGGGGAACCCUGUUAUUUAGAGCUGUCAACGACGCCUGAACGGGACCAACGCAAUGGGUAUGGUUCUUGGAAAGCAGCCAUCGAUGAGCUCGCAAGUGACAUGGAUAGGAAUUAACUGGCACGCAGUCCACGCAAUCUUAUCUGUAUUUAAAGUUGAGAGA